GAGCGGACAUGUUGAACCGACCCUUUCCUUGACUUAACGUCGCUAUAAGCGGGGGGGAAAAUCGGGAGUUUCGGGGACGGCCCGCAGCGUUGGGCAAUCAUGGACGCCGUUAACGCCUUCAACCACGAGUUAUUUUCAUUGAUGGACUCCAAGCCCCCGAUCUCUCGGGCAAAGAUGAUCUCCAUCACCAAAUCGGCAAUCAAAGCUAUGAAGCUCUAUAAACAUGUGGUCCAAAUUGUGGAAAAGUUUAUUAAAAAGUGUAAGCCAGAGUAUAAGGUCGCUGGCCUGUAUGUGGUGGACUCCAUUGUUCGGCAGUCCAGGCAUCAGUUUGGAUCAGACAAGGAUGUGUUUGGCCCAAGGUUCACCAAAAACAUUACAGGAACUUUUGAGAACCUUUGCCUUUGCCCAGUAGAGGAUAGGAGUAAGAUUGUGCGGGUGUUGAACCUGUGGCAGAAGAAUGGAGUGUUCAGAAUCGAGGUUAUCCAGCCUCUCCUGGACAUGGCUGCUGGAUCUAGCAGUGCUGCAGCCUGCAUAGGCACUGAUGAGCCAGGUUCUUCCCCACCUUUAGCCAAAGAGCCAGUUACCGCGGUAACAGCAAACUCCACCACGACACCUGCUGCUCAGCUGCAAAACUCUGAUCCCUUUGCUGCUGUAGCGCAGCUCUUUCAGUCCUCACACGGCCAGCAGCUUCAACAGAUGCUCCAGAAAUUUCAGCAGCAGCCAGUGAAGCCUGACACCAACACUCAGCCUCCUCUUCAUACUAUUCAAACACAGGUCCAAAACAUCACUAGUGGUCUGGGCAUGGUGGCCCCGCAACCUCCCCCGCCUGCCCAAUCCACCCAGCAGAAAACAGCCUUUGACAAGAAACUUUUGGACCGCUUCGACUACGACGACGAACCAGAAGCUGGGGAAGAAACAAAAAAGGAUGAAAAUUCAUCUCAGCCCUCCUUCAUGCAGCAGUCUCCAGCCUUCCUGCAGCACAUGGAGCACUUCCAACCGCAAAUGAUGAACAUGUCGCAAGAUAUCUCACAACAGGUUCCUCUUCCUCCAAACGGCCAGCUCCAGGCCUAUGGUUUACCAGGACAAGGCUUUCCAGUGAUGAUGCCUCCCAUGGGUCAUACUUUACCAGGGCAGCCCCACCUCGGUUCUAAUAGGCCUCCAGCCUUCCCAGGGUUAUUCCCUCCUCACAAUGCAACCCAGCAACAACAGGAUGUGUCCUUGGAUAUGGACCAUUCAUCCAUGAGAGAUGGCAGACACGGUCGACGGUCACACUCAGGCUCAAGGUCUCCAAAGCGAAGGCGGUCACGGUCAAACUCGCGCACACGGCGAUCUAGACACAGACGAUCCCGCUCACGCUCAAAAGACAGGCGGCACCAUUCCCCUCGGCCCCGCUCGCUGGAGCGCAGGGAGAGGGAGAAAGAGAGAGAGCGGCGGCAGAAAGGCCUUCCACCACCUAAAAGCGAAGCACUUAGCAUUUGCAGUACGACUCUCUGGGUGGGCCAGUUGGACAAAAGAACACAGCAGCAAGAUGUUGCCUGUUUACUGGAGGAGUUUGGGCAGAUUGAGUCCAUCAAUAUGAUCCCUCCGCGUGGCUGUGCCUAUAUUGUCAUGAUACAUCGGCAGGAUGCUUUCAGGGCUCUGCAGAAGCUUAGCAGAGGAUCUCACAAAGUUAACCAGAAAACCAUUAAGAUCGCUUGGGCUUUGAACAAAGGCAUAAAGCCUGAGUUCAAACAGUACUGGGAUGUGGAGCUAGGUGUCACCUACAUACCUUGGUCUAAAAUCAGAGAGUCUCAGGUUGAGGAGCUGAAAGAAGGAGGAAUACUGGAUGCAGAUACUUUGUCAACAGAGUGGACUACAGUGAGGAAGACUCUUGAUCUUCCAGAGGAACCGACCCACAACGGCAGGUCGGAGCCACAGCACCCUGAAGAGACACAAGUCUUACCUGUGGCUGCUCCAGCUGCUCUUCCUGGACAGGUCCCUCCAAUGCAGCAGCCAAUGGUUGGCGUGGGUCCUCUCCAGCCUCCUGUCUAUCAGGGUCCUAUAGGUGUGCCUCCACCUUCCUUCCCCCCAGGCGUUCCCCCUCCUCCAUUCAUUAGACCUGGCUUCAACCCCAUGCAGAUGCCUCCAGGUUUCCCUCCUCCAGGUUCCAUGCCUCUAGGUCCCCCUCCUACUUCCAAAGGUGGAGCUGAAGACCUGCAUUUGGACCCAGCAGGUCUAAGCAACAGAAACAAUGAUGAGGGGCUGGAAGGCCCCAACAUCUUUAACCAGUUGGGACCCAUAGGUGGACCCAUUGGUGUUCUCCCAGGUGGUCUUCCAGGGAACAUCCAACCCCCCUCUUCUGGUCUGCUGGGCGCACGACCUGGCAUAAUCCCACUCCAGCGUCCUCCUGUUCUCCCACCUGCACACAUGCAACGUUUUCCACCACCUCAUGUAGCACGACCCCCUCAUCCCAACAUGCCCCCCAUGCCCCCGCAGAUGCUGCCCAGAGGGCCACACCCUCAGAUGAUGCACCAUGACCCCGCUCCAACUAAAGGAGGCUUUGGGAUCCUCCCCCCUCACAAUAUGAGGGCUCCUUUUCCUCCACAAGGGCAUGGCCCUCCUCCUCAAGGUCCUCCCCCUCCUCCUUUCAUCAGACCAGUGGCUCCCCGCGGAAUGGAGGUGCCAGAAGAAAUGGAUGGCAGACCAUUCAGGGGAGAAAGGCCUGGUUUCCGGGAUCGAGAGCCGGAUAGGGACAGAGACUGGGAUAGAGACAGAGAUAGAGAGAGGGACCGAGGUUUUGGAGGUGGAAGGCGUCCAUUUGGUGAUGGAGGGAGAGGUGGAGGAGGCGAAAGAAUGGAUGGGAGGGACAGGCUUGGAGGCUGGCAGGAAGACGGAGCUGAUAACCGUGGUGGAGGAUGGGAGAGAGACCGAGACCGAGAUCGGGACAGAGACCGCGAUCGGGACAGAGACAGACGAGACUGGAGGGAGAAAAGAAGCAGUCUGGACAGUGACAGGGAACGAGGAAGGAGCGAUGAUGGGGAAAGGGAGCGAGGGAGAGGGGAAGGGGGAGAACGGGGAAGGGUUGAGGGAGGGAGUCGAGAAAGAGGGAGAGGAGGAGGAGGAGGUGAAGGAAAAGAAGGGGACAGGCCAAGGCGGUCAGAACGUCGAGAAAGGACCACACGUUGGGACAGUGAUGAUCGAUUGGCCAAACUGGAAAACUUGGACAGAACCUCUAGCAGCACAGAGCAACCUUCUUUGACUCCUUUAGUUACCGUGGAAAAAGAAGCUCUUGAAAAGAAGGAAGAGUCAGAACUCUUAGCGCCUCCCUCGGACGUAACUAGUGCUGCUGGAGAGCCUGAGCCCUCUGAGCCCUCUGAGCCCUCUGAGUCCUCUGAGCCCUCUGAGCCCUCUGAGCCCUUACCAUCAGCUCAAAGUGAGCCUACAGAAACAAAACAGGAAGAAGCAUCAUAGACUAGGUCACUCCUCCUUCAGCCAGAGACUGCUGUAAACCACUGAAAUAUAUAAAAUCAUGUUUUCCACUUUUUUUUUAAACCAGCCAACAAUUAAUUGACAGUUCCUGGACAGUUAACACAUUUCUUUAAAUCAUACUUUCCCCAGACAUUAUCAAACACGCAUAAAUGCUUAGUUCCCUCAAUGCUAUGUCGAGCUGAGCAGUGCAUGUCAGCUGCAGAAACUUUUGCUUUUCAUUUUGGCCUGUACGUCAACAGGUGAGAGCGGACACACUGUGUUUGUAAUGUGGGUUAGGUGUUGCUCAUGCACUGCUGCUGUGCCUAAAAAAAAAACUAGAGAAACUGGAGGCUCACCAAUUGUAACGGCAAGACACUUGUGGUUCUCAGUCAAAAUACACUAAAAAUGAUAUGUGGAGAAUCACAUUGACAACAUCUCUACAGUUUGAACACCUACCUACCACCUUUCAAAUCCAAAACUCCCUCUUUCUGUUCUAGACUUUUGGCUCAAACUUAAGAAAUGAAAAUGGCAACAAGACCUAACGUUUCGCUCUAGGGCAAUUAUAAAAGAAGACUCAAUUUAAAGUGACAGAGCUGGCGGCAGCAGCAACACCUGGCACUCAGCCUGUGUGGUCACCGUGACAGUACGAGAUGCAGCCAUUCAGAGGCAGCCGUCACGCGCUGCUCAGACGUCCUGUGCGUCCCUAGUGUAAUAGGCUUAUGGCCAUCAAAUUUGGCUUUACAUCUGUGUCUCGAAAAUCACAUGACCACUAAGUGGUCUGCAGUUGAAAAUUGGCUGUCAAGUUUUUCUCUUAUUAAGUAUUAAUGGAGCUUUUGCAUGCUAACUUAGCUCUGUCCAUCUGAGAUUAAUUUGAGCUCAGCUUUUAAGUUUUUACUUUGUUGGUUUGCAGAUUGAGAGAACAAAUGAUUCCUUAUUUGACUUCCAACCUCAUCUGUGUGAUAGCAGGCACUCCUCGACAAGUUAGUAUUGUCCAAUUUAAUGUUUUUUAGUUUUCCUAAAUAUGUCAAACACUGAAUUACUUCUCAAACCGCUGAGAUGGAGGCACAGUUUCUUUUGUUUUGUCAGCUCUGAAUUGCAAUAUCAUAGCCAGUCAUGCUAAACAAUUAAAAGGGCAACAAUAGGUCUGAGAUUUUGAGACCAGAUUUGGGUAUCAGAAGUGUACUAGUGCCUGUUUGUAGUCCGAGUAGGACAGAGUAAUUACACCUGAACAAGCUUAGCUUGGGUGCAUUAAAUAGUGUGUGGAGAGCCAAAGAGACCCAACUCAUUGGCCUUAAUGAAAUUGUAGAACCCCACCCUUCAAACAUCUGGAGACCGCUUGGCUUCUAUUUCAAAAUCUAUCUACCUUUAUAUCUGUAAAUUGGGAUCUCAACUCUUUUCUCCGAUUGCAACACACUUAAUGUCAUGAACAAUGGAAGAAGUGUCCUCACUCUUACAUAUUCUUGAUGCAGUAAUUGAUGAAUCAUGGUCAUGGAAAUAUACAGGUUAUUACCUAAUGUCCUUAAAAACCUCUCACUUGAUACAUAUUUUAUUAAACCUUCAACACAGCUCAGCUUAUUCUCACAAUGUGUCAGAAAAUAUCGGCUUUGUUAUAUUUGAGUGAUAACAGGAUUUACCCAGUUGUUUGUGAAAUACAUUAACACUCCAGUCACUCUAUUAGUAUUUAGUGGAUUAUGAGUGGUUCACAUUCUUUGGUGAUACUGUACUCAUUUAAAUGUCACUUUAAAGCAGCUUUUUAUGUUUGCAUGUCUUCAUCUUAUUGGGUUGUAAAGCUAUUGUUAAACACAAAUUAUGAGGAAGCUCAAAACUUGAAAGAUAACAGUGGCAUUUAUGUCUCUAGAUUUUGUUACUUCUGGUCAGAAAGGCAUUUUAGAAAACAAUUUGGAUUUGACAUGAAUAAAAAUUCAGAAAAGGAGAAAAGGUCAUGGUGUAUUCUAGUAAAUCGUCCUUGAUACACAAAAAUAAUUUGAUCAUUAAAAGUGGGCUAAACAGUUUGAUUGAUUUAGACAGAGAUCUUGGUAUGCACAAUAAAAUGUAUACCUCAUUUGAAAAAAAAAAAAGAAUCAUAUUUAGAUGUGAUACAGUUUAGAACGCUAGCAACAAAAUGGGAAUUUCAUUUUUCAUCUUUUUUUUAUGGUAAAUGUUGCAUCUUUUCCUGAAUGUGUAAAUACUUUUUGUUUUUCUGUUGAUAAAAUAUAGUAGAAGCUUUUCUAGAUCCAUCAUAGAAAUAUUCAACACAUAAUUAUUAAUGAGUACUGAACACAAGGAAAAAAAGCAAGAAUUCAGGUGUCUCUUUGAUCAGACCAAAAAGCUUUAUAUUUUUGUCAUGAAGUACAUCAGUCAAACACCGUUUCAUUAUUCUUUUCUCAACAUGAAGAUGCAAAAAGUGACCCCUUGGCUGAAAUGUGUGUGUUAAAAAAUUGCUUAAUCUACAGAUUUUGAACUUGGUGUGUGUUUAACUGAAGACAUACUGUAUUUGGUGUUGGUGUUCUGCUUGCCCAACCAUUUUUUUUCUAUAACACAAAAACUUAAACUUUGAGGCACCAAGGGCAAACCUCAAGUGAUGAAAUGAAGAGUGUUGCCGGGGAAAUACUUCUGUAAAUAUGCUUUCAUAACUCACAAUUUGGACGGUAUAAUGGUAAUCGUUGUUUAUAAUCUGUGAUUUGUUUGUUCAAAAGAAAGAAAUUGACUUGUAAGGAAAUGCAGAGGCCCUUUGCUUUAACGUUUUCUAACCCCUCAUGCUUUGAAAGUUGACAAAUGUUUCUAUGGUUUGUUAAAGAUACAAGACAUGAACAUAAUAUCUUCUCAGCCAUAGGAAAUUGAUUUUAAUAAACUAUUUUUGUACCAAAUCA